AUGGAAAUUGCUGGCAGCCGCAAAGCUCCACUCCAAGUUCUCCCGGGUCUCUCAGCCUUCCUGGGCUGUGACAGAAGUCCCGAGUUCCUGCAGAAAGUUGCAGAAGCCACGUCGUUUGAGAACAUGAAGACGGUGAAAGAGGAACAGAUGAAGGCUACCCCGCUCCCGUACAAGAACGGAGUUUUAUACAGAAAAGCAACCGUAGGCGACUGGAAGCACCAUUUUACGGUGCAUCAAAAUGAGCGUUUCGACGCUCUGUGGAACAAAAAGAUGCCCGGUGCAGGGUUUUCUUCCGUCAUAACGAAUUAGUGCGAAACUAUAGAGACCAUUCCCACAGAUAUUUAGAUCGAUCUAUCCCCCAGGGGAGUCUCACUAGAUUGCUGUCAGCU